AUGACAUCUGUGCCUGUGGUAGCAGGGAUCGAGUAUUCGGGGGUCUGCUCUGAUGCAGGGGCAUUUGCAAAGGAGCGCCUGGUCAUUCAUACUUUGGGGGAAGAAGCCAUGGGGGAACGUUUGAGUCAUGAAGCCGUGUUGCUCAGGAAGAAACGCUCUUGUCCGGUGUCCCGGAGGUCCCCGCAGCGGGCUGUGCCGUCCUGGGCACCCUCUCCCCUGCGCCGGCCCAGCCCGCAGGCCCGCGUGGGCUCAGGGGCCCUGCUGCAGUGCUGGUUCAGUGUCGGGGGGCCGGUGGCCCUGGACUCCCUGCGGGUGACAUGGUAUUUCUUGGAGGAGAAGGUGGCCUGGUACGAGCAGGGCAGGAGCCAGGCCUGGCCCAGAACCAGUCUGCCAUCGGAGAAGGAGCUGCAAAGCGGAGACGCCUCCCUGUUGCCGGCCACGGUGACCGUGCCCGACGGGGGCUUGUACCGGUGUGUUGUGGGGUACGGGAUGCAGCAGCACCACGGGGAGACCAUCCUGCACCUGCUCGCUUCCCCGGUGAUCUCCAUCCCAAGAAAACCAGUUGUGGCCGAUGCUGAGACCUCCCUCCUGUGCCACGUGGGGCGGUUCUACCCCGAGGACGUGGACGUGGCGUGGCUGAGAGACGGGCAGGUCCUGAAGGGCUCCACCCGCUCCAGCCCCCAGAGGAACACGCACGGGACCUUCAACCUCACCCUCACUUACACCUUCACAGCCACCCACAGCGAUGCCGGCAGCAUCUUCUCCUGCCACGUCCACCACGAGGCUCUGGACCAGCCACUGCAGGAGGACGUCUCCCUGGACAUCCAAGGCUGGACAAUCUCCUACAAUGUCGCAGAGGUGCAGGGGCCGGAGCGGUGCCUGCUGGGCCAGGAGGUGACCCUGCGCUGCUCCAUGGAGGGGACGUUCCCCGAGGACGUGGCCGUGACAUGGGAGAGGAUCCACAGCGAGGACAGGACGGUGCCUGAGAGCGCUGGGGACCAGGAGAGCCCCGAGCACCAGCCGCUGCUCCCCGCCCUCCCCCCGGGCUGGAGAGUGACCGAGGAGAGAGCUGGGACCCGCCUCACGUCCUCCCUGACCUUCACCCCCACGCUGCAGGACGACGGGGCGCGGGCCCGGUGCGUCUUCCUCCACGAGGCCGAACGGAUCAGAGAGGAGCGAGUGUCCCCGGAGAUCCGGGUGUGGGCCCAGCCACAGGUGUCUGAGAUCCAGGUGUUGCCAGAGUGGGACCCCCGCGACAAGGUGCCGUUUGCUGUCCAGCUCCACAACUUCUACCCCAGGGAGGUGCCCCCGAUCCAGUGGGGCUGGGACGGGGCCGGGAGCUGGAGGGAAGACCCCACACAGAUAGACAAGAACGCGGACGGCACGUUCACCACGACGAGCGUCUGGAGAGUGCCCAGCCGGAGCCUGACCCGGCCGGAGCUGCGAGUGCGAGUGUGCGUCCAGCACGGCCCCGGAGAGCCCCCGAGCGAGAGAGAGCUCAGCCUGAGGGCCGCGGGUCUCCUGCGGCCCCCGGACGUGUCCGAAAUCUCCCAGCCCGAGUCCAUGGCCAAGGGGAAGGGAGUCACCCUGAGCUGCCAUGUUGCGGGGCAUUUCCCGGGGGAGCUGAGCGUGACCUGGCUGCGGAGGGGCAAGGGGGAGGACACUGCUGUGAUCCUGCGGGACUCGGCUGAGUGCAGGGUGGAGCCCGGCACGGCCGUCCUGGCACGGGACGGGAAGAGCUUCCAGCAGGAGACCAGACUCAUCCGCUUGUUACCAGAGGACCUGGCAGAAAAAUUCAUCUCCAAGUUUAAGGAAACAGGGGCAGAGUACAUCUGCCGUGUGGGACACCUUGCCCUGGAGACCCCCAUCGAGAGGAGCACUGACUGCCGUCCAUGCCCUCCGCACCUGGGGGAGGUCUCCCACCCGCAGGCCCUGGUCCCGGGGCAGCCGGAGACCCUGCGGUGCCUCAUCUCGGGGUUUUACCCCGGGCAGCUGGCGGUGACGUGGCUGCGAAAGGGAGCGGGAGAGAAGGCGCCCAGGCCCCUGGAGAGCUCAGACCCCCACAGGAUGCACACCCCUGCCCCUACUCGGGCGCCGGACGGGAAGUCCUACAGCGUGGAGUCCGAGCUGCGCCUCCCCCCCGCGGGGCCCGAGGACGACGGGGUGGAGUACCUGUGCCGCGUGCAGCACGAGGCCCUGAAGGAGCCCGAGUCCAGGUCCAGCGGGCGGCUGCGGGUCCAGGUAGGAGCGUACAGUGAGUGA